AUGGAUGUUUCUCUAAAAAAUUAAGGCUAGUUUAAUUAGAUAUUAGAUAGAAUUCGAAACUACUUGAACAGAGUAUCUAAACCAGAUUAAUGUCUUAUUUAUGAACAUAUGAAUUUAGAUUAGUUAAUGAAGGCCUUCUUUGAAAUAUAUUUUUAGAAAUAAUAGGAACAUUAGUAAUUAAGGUGCAAUUAAAAGAUUAAUAAUGUGGGGAAUCACAUAAAUUAAUUAGAGUAUUAGAUAAAUCACUUGUAAGACAAUAUAAGUAGCAUACAUAAAUAGAGGGAUAAACUAAAUGAAGACAUCAUAUUAAAAGAAAAUGAAUUGAAUUGUAUUGAUAAGCAAAUGAAAUCUAUAAAAAUUUCAAGUCCUAUGACUUAGCAAUUUUAAGAAUUAAUUGAAGGUAUAACGAUGUGUAAAGAGAAGUGUGAUUAUUUAGAAGAAGAAAAUUAGGAUUUCAAAAAAAUCUUAAUAUAUGAGAGGAAGAAAAAUAAUGAAUUAAAACAACACUAUUAAAUUGUAAUAAAAAUAUUAUUAUAAUUAUUAGGUAAGAGAUAAAUAUGAUUAAAAUUUGAUUAAAUUACAGAAUUUAGAAUAGAAUGGAUUUGAAAUCAAUUAAAAAAUGAUGAAGUAAUUGAAAAUUAUAAACGAUUUACGUUUUUUCAUUAAAAGUUAAAGAAAUGAUGCUUUUUAAUAGAUCACUCCAAGAAAGAGAACAUUUAAUGAACAAUUAAUAAGUGCUUAAUAUUCAUUGGAAGAUACAUGUAUUAAAUAAUUAUUUUAAUGAGUUUAUUGAGGAAUCAUUCAAUAAUUUUGAUUCAUUGAAAUUAAGUUUAUAAAUAUCAAGUUAAUUGAUAUAGACAGAAAAUCAAUUGAUUGAAUAUCUAUCAUAAGUCAUAUCCUUAAAAAAUAAUCUUGCAUAAAUAAACAAUAAAGAUUUAAGUGAAAGUGAAAAAUCAUUUAGUCCACAAUAAAAGAGUAAUCAUAAUUAAAAUGAUAAAAUGUUGGUUUCAAGUACAUUGAGAUAUAAAACUCAUUAAAAUUUAGGAUCGUCUAAAUUUUAAAAAAGAUUAAUUUCAGAAUCAUCUGAAAAUAAUAAGGCAUUUUCUGAAUUAGAUGAAGUAGAGGAAGAUCUUAAUAGUGAUCAUAAAGCUGUUUUAAUGACUGAUGGAAUGUAUAUAGAAGAAGAAAGUAAAGAAUUUAAAUUAUAUUAUUUAGUGACACCAAGAUAACCAUGGUAUUAUAGAUCAGCAUUACCUUAAUAAUUAAGUAAUAAAACUGAAUCUAAGAAUUGGGAAUUCGGUAGUGAGAGAAAAAGAUUUAAAAGUAAACCAUCUUUGGCUUCAUUUACAUCUAAUUCAAGUUGUAUGAAAGGAUGUACUAUGACAUUAAAAGAGGAAUUUUAGAAUAUUUAACAAUCUUAAUAAAGUGAAUAAGUAAUAGAAGAUGAUGAAUUCAAAGAAAAAGAUACUGAAGUCAAUAAUAGUUAUGAAAUUGCCUAAUUAGUAUAAUAAGAGUAAAUCAUUUCAGAUUCAACUAUAUUAAUAAAUAGAAAACAUAGAUCUGUUUAAUUUGCUGAUUUCAAUAAAAAAGAUAAGUAAAUUAUAUAAUUAUUAAUAAAUAUAGCAAAUAUAAUGCGAUUAAAUUUAUUGGAGUAACUAUAUGUUCUAUAGGUGUUCUAUGUUGGGGUGCUAAGAAAUUAUAUUAAAAGUACUGUUGA